AUGGCAGACACAAAGAAGAUGUUUACCUUGAAGAGUUCCGAUGGAGAAGAUUUUGUGGUUGAAGAAGCUGUUGCUCUUCAAUCUAACACGAUUCAACAUAUGAUUGAAGAUGGAUGUGCUGAUAAUGGUGUACCUUUACCCAACGUUACAGGAAAAAUCAUGGGUUCAGUCGUUGAGUAUUGUAAGAAACACGUUGAAACCCCUCAAGCAGAUACUGGUGCCGCGAAAGAAGAUCUUAAUGUCCGAGGAUUCCUAACACUUAAGAAGUGGGAUGAUGAGUUUGUUGGUAAGUUCGAUUUACAGACUACCCUGUUCGAUGUUAUCUUAGCGGCAAAUUAUCUGGAUAUCAAGAGUUUGUUGGACGUGACUUUCCAGAAAGCUGCGGAUAUGAUCGAGGAGGCAUACAAGAAAGGGGGAGUAGAGGAGAUCCGUAGGACCUUCAACAUUAAGAAUGACUUCACCCCAGAGGAAGAAGAGGAGGCUAGGCAUAAUAUCUAA